AAAGCAUUGGUGCGCAUGUGCGGUGAGUCCCCCACCCCUCCUCCCCCGGAAGUAUACGCACAUGUUUUGCUGAAACAACCUUGGAAAGCAGUUUACUUGACAAGCUAACGAUAACCCGACAAACCGUAACAAGGAUGCCAGUGACAAGACUACUAUAUCCUUUGUACCAGCUGGGUAACCCACAGCUGAGACUCUUCAGACCCAACUGGUUCUUGACGCUUGUGAGGCCUGGAAAAGAGCAGCCUCCUGACACAGUCCAGUUCCGCAUCCCGAUGGAGAUGACCAAGUACGAUGUCAAAAACUAUCUGGAGAAGAUAUAUAAUAUUCCAGUGGGAGACAUCCGCACCAGAAUCCAGUUUGGUUCCAACAAGAAGAGGAAUCACCUUAACCAGAGGGUGAAGCAACCUGACUAUAAAGUAGCGUAUGUUCAGCUGUCUCAAGGCCAGACGUUCGCCUUCCCGAAUAUCUUCCCGGAAAAGACCAGCACGCCAGCAGAGGGUUCCAUGGAGGAGAUGCAGGAGAAGUUCAUGGAGGAUGAGAAGCAGAGGCAGAAACCUGAUCCCAGGAGAGGAGGUGUCACAGAGUGGUUUGGACUCUGAGCCGCCUCACCUACUAGGAACUGUGUACGGGUGGGUCAGACACUCCUUGGGUGAAGUACAUUGAAGAAGCAACUAUUGAGAUGUCACUUCUACUCUUUGUCUGCCUACAAAGCUCAGAAGAACACGCAUCUGUUAGUGUAUGUGUAUGAGAUUUUUUUUUUUUUUUUUUUUUUUUAAUAUAGACUUGAGUAGUUAGAUCCAGAACAGAAUCCCCGGAGGAGGCAUAGGACUCAGCCUCUGUUUCAUGAAAAUGUCCCACCCUAACAGACCCUCACUCACCUCAGAUGACCUCCUCUUCGACUUUUUCUCUUGCCUCCUCCUUCUGGGCCACAUCUUUUCUUUGAAUAAUAAAUGUGAAAAAGAGACUUUAGUACUGUAUAUGUGCAGUCCAUUGUUAAGUUACAUGUUCAUAUUUGUACCAGUCAUACAAGUUAAAAAAAUUAUGUGCUAUAAACAAUAAAGCACUCUUUUUAAUUUGUUUAGACUGUCUCUCCCAUCACAACUGUCACACAGGAGUUGAGUGAACCACUACUAAUAUAUAAUAAAAAAUGAAAAAAACGCUACCUUAAUUAGUAUAAGUGAAUAUGUCAUCCUGGACAAAAGGACUGUGACAAUGCUGAAGUCUACAAAAGUAUGGAGACGUAUGCAAUUUGAUUUUUAUAAAAUUCUUAUGAUAUUCUGUAAAAAAAAAAAAAAAAAAUAGAGCAAAAUCUUGAAAGUUAUGUAUAGUGUAUGGAAUUUUGAAAUCCCAAAUGUGUGGGAACCUGUGUAGGAAAAUAAGCAAAUAAAUCUUUAAUCAUCUGCCUAUUUCUGAAAAGGUAUGAACAAGCGGUUGUCUGCUUAAUGCCACAGUUGGACACCGUUGAGUUUCUCAGCCAAUGACUGGCACAAUGGAUGGCAGCAAUUCUAGAGCGAACGUUCCACUUUGAAAGAUGAUUUUUCAUCAAAUGCUGUUUCCUCCAAAAGUAUUGGAAGGGCAAGGUCAAUUUCUUUAUUGCAUGCUAAAGACAGGCGGCACAGUGGAGCAACUGCUUCGAGUGUCUGCCCCACAUUUCUGAGGACCGGGCUUCAAAUCCCGGCCCCGCCUGUGUGGAGUUUGCAUGUUCUCCCUGUGCCUGCGUGGGUUUUCUCCAGGCACUCCGGUUCCCUCCCACAUCCCAAAAACCUGCAUUGAUUGGAGGCUCAAAAUUACCCUUAGGUUAGAUUGUGAGUAUGUUCGGUUGUUUCUCUCAAUGUGUACCCCACCUCCUGCCCGAAGAUAGCUGGAAUAGGCUCUCCCUUGACCUUUGUGAAGAUAGGUGGCUCAGAAAAUGGAUGGGAGGGAUGCUUAAACUGUUUGGGUUUCUGAUCAAAGAUGAAUAUGAGACAAAAGUAAAGAAUUACAACUUUCAUUUCUUGGUAUUUACAUCUUGAUGUAACAGCAUGACUUUCAGCAACUUUGAGUUUAUAAGACUUCCAUUCUUAAUUUGUUGUGCUUUUACUGGUCUUCACUGCAGCCUUGUGUAGUUCUUUUUUGUUUCUGGGGUUUCCUCCUUUCAAUCUAUGGGGUUAAGGUCCGGCGAUUUUCUUGGCCGGUCUAAGACCUUCCACUUUUUCCCCAUGAUGACGUCCUUUGUUGUGUUGGCGGUGUGUUUUGGGACAUUAUCUUGUUGGUUUGGAAUGCAUUUUUCUGUGAAUUGUCAGGCAAAAUGGUUUUGUAGACUUCAGACUAAAUUCUGCUGCUAUCUUUAUCAGUUACAUCAUCAGUAAGGACUCGUGAACACAUUACUGAAGCAGCCGUGCGAUCCCAAGCCAUGACAUUAUCUCCACCGAGCUUCACAGAUGAAUUUGUGUGUUUUGGAUCACAAGCAGAGCCUUUCUUUCUCCAUAUUUGGUUGAGGUUAAUCUUGCUCUCAUCAGUCUCUACAAUUUUGUUCUAAAACUUUUGUGACUCAUCUCUGCAUGUAGUUCUUGCAAAAUCUAAGCUGCAAUCCAUUUCUUUUUGCUAAUGGGCAGUUUGCAUCUUGUGGUAUAACCUGUAUAUUUCUUUUCUCAAAGUCCUCUUCCAACAGUGGAUUGCGACACCUUUCCUCCUCCCCUGUGGAGGUUCGUAUUGAUGUCACUGAUUGUUGUCUUUGGUUGUUUCUUCACAGCUCUCACAAUGUUUCUGUCAUCAACCGCUGAUUAUACCCUUGGCCAACCUAUUCAUUGUCUGUUGCUCAGUAUAGUAUAGAUUUUUUUUUUUCUUUUCAGGACAUUCCAAAUUGUUGUAUUGGCUAUGCCUAAUGUUUGUGCACUGGCUCUGAUCGAUUUUCCCUCCUCUCUUAAAUGUUGUUCAUUAGUAUGUUUUAUGUUUUGAUUGUGUUUUUAAAAAUAUAUAUUUUUUACAAUUCUUGAACAGGGGUAUGUCUAUUACAAAUGCAUCAAAGACAUAACACCUAUGUAUCUUGUCAUUCCUUUUCCUAAAUUUGUAGAAUCGUAUCCAGACCGUGUCAAGCAAAGCAGACACUGGGAACCUCUGUGACAUUUGUCCCAGCUCUUUUGCUCCUAUGUGUGUGUUUUACAUCAGUAAAAUAUGAAAUGAGAAAAACAUAGGCACUUUUUUUUUUCAGCAAUUAAUUUAUUAAUACUCAACAAUUUCAAGGGAAAAUGUGAAAUUUGCUACCGUAGCCGUUAAAGUUGUAAUGAGAUUCUUAUGUGUGUAGUGUGUGGUAUAAUGUGAUAUUUUCCUUUAUCGUAGAAGUUCAAUGCCUUUUGUCAUCAAUAGUAAAAAAAAAUAAUAUUAAUAAUAAAUGUUAAAAUUAAAUCUUAUGUGAAAUAAAUAUUAAAAAAAAAGCCCCAUACAGAAUUAUCUACAGCAAUCAAUCAAACUUUAUUUUUAAGCACUUCUCAUAUAAAGUAAUGCAACAGAAAGUGGAAUACAUACAUUUGACAUUAUUUCAACCAAAGGGGCUUGAAAUAAAAGCAAAAAUCUAUUGAUUAUUAUAGAGGCCCUGAGUUCAUGUUUUUCCUUUUCAUCCAGAACCGUUACCAUAGGCCUAUAUCAUUUGUUAUUUUCUGUACUGUAAUUUCUCGAGUAUAAUGCAUACUGAAGUAUAAUGUGGAACCCCGAAGUUGACCUGUAAAAUCAGGUAAACCCUUCUACAAAUGCAAUGCAGUUGGAAUUAUCUGUAUUUCUAAUUUGCUUGGUUUGUACUUUUAUUAUUUGUACUUAUUUUUUAAAGAAAUUUCUGUACAACAAUCAUGAAUAAUAAUCAUUUUGCAUGUGCUGAUGUAGUGGGAAUAUAUAUCUCAGGACAGGCCACAAGACACGCUUCUUCUGGUCCCUGUAAUUGUCAGAACAGAAUCCCUCAACCAACAAAAAUAAAUGCUCAAUGAUGGCAUAACAUUUUAUUGUUACUGUUGAUAACACGGUGGAUCAUCUAGUAAAGCAUAGUUCUGAGGUCCCGGGUUAGAUCCCGGACCCACCUGUGUGGAGUUUGCAAGUUCUCCCUGUGCCUGCGUGGGUUUCCUCCGGGCACUCCUUUUUUCCCCCUACAUCCCAAAAACAUGCAACAUUAAUUAAACACUCUAAAUUGCCCCUAGGUGUGAUUGUGAGUGCGACUGUUGCCGGUCUUCAUGUGCCCAGCGAUUGGCUGGCAACCAGUUCAGGGUGUACCCUGCCUCACAGCUGGGAUAGGGUCCAGCUCUCCCCGCGACCCUCAUGAAGCGGCAAAGAAAAUGGAUGGAUGUUGACAACACAUAUUACAAUCUUAAAUUAAUGAAAAAUUAACAGCUUAAUACAAACUUUGUGCAAAAGCAUUUUUUGCUUUAAAUAUUUGUGCAUAAAACGUUUGCGCAGAGCACAGUUGAUCCACUACAUUACUCAUCCUUGGCCAAGACUUCAAAAGAAGAAUCGACUUAUCUCCAAUGUGAAAAAGAUCCAUAGUAGCUACCUUUGGUCCAUCGCUGUGGAACUCGUCAUUGAUGACUUGGUCAACUUCUGAUGCUUCCUGCAUUCAUGAACCGUGAUCUCAUUUUGCUCCCACAGCAUGUCAUCCUCUGUGCCAUCCGUGGCAUUUGUGAGGAAGCAUUUUUUUUAAUUCUAAGGGUCUUGGUUCCCUUUAUUUCUCAUAAUUGUCAGCGCUUUGAGGGGAAGGUCCACCGUGCCAACAGCGCAGCCUCUUGCCCCCGUUGGGCUACAAUCUGUAGCAGCUCUUCAAAGCAUCAGGUCGGGAUCAAAACGAAAGCUCAAACUAUGUAGAAAUGAGCGCAAUAGGCACUUUUAAAAAAGCGAGUGUUUCAACUGUGUGCGCUACCCCCCCCCCUUUUUUUUUUUUUUAAAUGUCCCCAUUAUGAUCAUAUUACGUAGUUUCAGCUCACGUUGUUUUGCUUCCAGUUUGGCCGUGUCAUCAACAGGAGUGAUGACACAUUUCUUUUAAGACCGGCUGCACAACUAACCCUUGUAGUCGACAUUUUUUGCCUCUGUUUAAGUUAAAAAAAACUCACGGGCAGUCGUUUCUGAUGUUUGUAAUAGCUUUUACGCUGUCGUAAAAUGCAAAGCUCCCCCCAAGUAGGUCAGCGUUCAGGAUGGUGGCACACAUAAAUGUGUCACAUAAGAUAUCGAAUAUCAUAUCGAAAUGUAUAUGUAUACCUUUUUUUUCUACGCUAUUUACCUGUGCUAUACCAUUUGAUUGUAUUUUUUAUUUUUCAUCCAUACCUAAAUAUAAUGCGCUCUAUUGACUUUUUGAAAAUAUUUGUGAAAAAAAUUGUGCAUCAUUUUCAAGAAAUGAAAACAAAAUUAAAUUUAAAUGAAAAUAAAUAUUUAAGGUGAAGUAAUAAAUGGGCGAAAUAACAAACCUCAAGCUACUUUUAAGUUAAAUGCAUCUUGGUAUCAGAUCAAUAGCAGAAUAUCGAGUAUCGCACAGCACUAAUCUGCCUUGGUGUGACAUCAUCAGCAAGCACCCAGACCACCAAAGGAUCCGGUCUUGCAGCUGGAUCACACCAUCAAUAUGCGGUCUUUGCCACUUCUUCAAUUGGCUCCUCAGCAGUCUGACUUUUUACACGGCCACGGAGCCAUUUAUGUUCACAUUUAUCUUUGCGUUUCAAACUUGUGCUUAUUUUGUAUGCAUUUGUCUAAUGUUACAUGAGAAGUCUAAGUUAAAAAUGAAGCCACCGAGCGGUCAAGUCAGAGUCCGCCGCUGACCAGAUGUGCACAUGGGAUUUUCAGAAUAAGGGCGUGAAUCAGAAGUGCUUUGUUUACUGUCUUGAUGUCAUUUUGAGAAAAUAGAAGAGAACAUAAUGCCUUUUAUGGUCACUAAACUAAACUUAUACAUGAAGAGACAUGAAUUGUAUUCUAUGAGUGCCCUAUGAAAGGCUAAUCUACCAAAUUUGGGUACCUUCAGCAUUUUGUUUUGUUUCAUGUUCCUUUGUGUAUUAUUGUUAAUGGUUUGUGCAUGGGUGACAAGGUCACAGUGGCUGGAGGAGAGAAAUUUUCCAUGCAGUUGGUAUAAGAUUGUGUGCGUCCAAGAAGCAAAUGUUUGGCUGUGUGCUUUAGUGAUAAGUGAGUGGCAACACAGAAGUACACAUGUAUACAGUAAGUGCCCCAUUAAUAAUAGCCAGUACAUGAGUGUUACUGUAUCAGCGUUUCAUUCAACGUUAAGCUAGCUAAAGAUGUCGUUUUGCAAGUGCUAAGUUAUAGGCCAAAUAAAUCAUGACAAAUAUGAAAUCCUUCUUUACAGAGAGUAAUGCUACAUAGUUUAGUUUGUAAAAUCUCCCCAGGACAUUCCACAUCAUUUGCUUUUCAUGAGUUUGUCUUGGAUUAAUUGACCAAUUUAGGUACUCAAUAUUUGAGAUGUUUCAUCUUGGAGGUUUUUUUUUAAUUUUAUUUUUUUAUGAUUAUUUCGUUGUUGCACCUUGUGCCAUAAUUGUUCCUGCUUGUUGCAAUAAGAGGCAAUAAACAGUCACU